CCGGCGGAAGGAAAAGGCCUCUCUGUUGACUGUUGGCGACGCUUCCGCUACUCGAGGUGUCGGAGGACCUCCUGCCGACGCCAUGGCGCCGGUGUCCCGCUCGCGGAGCCCAGAGGAGUCGCCGCCGCCGUCACGGCGGGAUCGGAGCGGCAGCUCAGCCAGCCCUUCCCCGCCCAGGUCCAGCCGGAGCAAGAGGUCCCGAGCCCGGUCUCCGUCCCGGUCUCGGUCCCGCGAGCGCGGCGGAGGCGGAGGCGGGUUCCGUCAGCGUCCCGGCCCGCUUCACCACUUCGGCCACCGCCAUGGCCCAGAGCACUACGGCAAGGAGCAGGAGGAGUCGCUGAGGCAGAGGCGAUUAAACGAGAGAGAGAGAAUAGGUGAACUUGGAGCACCUGAAGUUUGGGGAUUCUCACCAAAGGUUCCUGACCCAGACUCUGAUGAACACACUCCUGCAGAAGAUGAAGAUGGUACAUCUAAAAAGAGCAGCUCUUCUGAUUCCAGCUCAGAAGAGGAGGAGAAGAGGAAGAAAAAGAAGAAAAGGAAGAGAAAAGCUGCUUCACGUGAUGAGGAAAAAAAGAAAUCCAAGAAGAGGAAAAAGAAGCAUAGGAAAAAAAAGUCCAAGAAAAAAAAGAGUAAAAAGAGCAGGAAAGACUUCAGCGAGUCAAGCAGCGAAGAUUCUGAUGACGACGAACAGCAAGAGGAUGAUCUCUGGAUUGAGAGAUCAAAAAAUGCAGAUGCUGUGGAUUUCAUAGGACCAGAAGCUCCCAUUACUCAUGCCUCUCAAGAUGAUCGGCCCUUGAACUAUGGACAUGCUUUACUCCCCGGUGAAGGCGCUGCCAUGGCGGAAUAUGUAAAAGCUGGAAAACGCAUCCCUAGGAGAGGUGAAAUUGGUCUAACCAGUGAAGAGAUUGCAUCAUUUGAGAAGUCUGGCUAUGUGAUGAGCGGCAGCAGGCACCGGAGAAUGGAAGCCGUGCGUCUGCGUAAGGAGAACCAGAUCUACAGUGCAGAUGAAAAGAGGGCCCUGGCAUCUUUCAACCAGGAGGAGAGGCGGAAGAGAGAGAACAAGAUUCUGGCAAGCUUCCGAGAAAUGGUCUACAGGAAAACCAAGGGCAAAGACGACAAAUGAGCAGGAUGCUCUUCUUGUGCAUAUUGACAACCGUCUCCUAUUACAGCGAUUCACAAACAGGUGUCCAGCAUCACAGCCCUACUUGUAGGGUGUACUACUGGUUGAACUUCAGGAAAUGGUUUAUAUGUAUCAAUAGGAACCUUGACAGGUGUAUGUGGAUAGCCUGUUCACAAAUUUGCUGUACGGCAUUAACAGCAGCAGAAGGACAAUGACCUAAAUGAAAUGAGACAAGGCUCUAUUGCAGACUAUCCCAAAAUAUUGCUAGCAAUCCAAGGUACUGUGCCACUUGGUGGAUUUAAAAGACACUUUGUAAAAUUCUGAGCAGCAAAUCAAGACUUGUGGAACUGAAACUUGGCAUUUUGUUAAAGUUGCUUUGUUUUCAAUCCUUUACUAAGAGAAUGUUGAGUGUACAGUACGAGUCACAGAGUGGAUCAGAGUGAUCUUCAAAUGGCAUUAGAUAACCAAAUAAAUGUUGGUACGCAUAUAUAUAUAUA